GUUCGCUGUGAGCCCCGGCUGGCUCCCCUCCCUGGGAGGAAGCACCAGUCGGAUUCUCGGAAGGAGUGAAGGGAGAACCAAGAACUAGCUAAGGCUUCCAGACCACCUUUGAACAAAGAUGGACGUCUCUGCCAGGAUUAUGUAACUGGAGAAGCCAGGUCUGAGCAGUAAACCAUGGGAGCCAAUACUUCAAGCAAACCUCCAGUUUUUGAUGAAAAUGAGGAUGUCAACUUUGACCACUUUGAAAUUCUGCGAGCCAUUGGGAAAGGCAGUUUUGGAAAGGUCUGCAUUGUUCAGAAGAAUGAUACCAAGAAGAUGUAUGCUAUGAAAUACAUGAACAAACAGAAAUGUGUUGAGCGUAAUGAAGUGAGAAAUGUCUUCAAGGAACUCCAGAUCAUGCAGGGUCUGGAGCAUCCUUUCCUGGUUAAUUUGUGGUACUCCUUCCAAGAUGAGGAAGACAUGUUCAUGGUAGUGGACCUCCUGCUGGGUGGAGACCUACGUUAUCACCUGCAGCAGAAUGUACGUUUCCAGGAAGACACUGUGAAGAUCUUCAUCUGUGAGCUGGCCAUGGCCCUGGACUACCUGCAGAGCCAGCACAUCAUUCACAGGGAUAUGAAGCCUGACAACAUUUUGCUUGAUGAACAUGGACACGUGCACAUCACAGACUUCAACAUUGCUGCUGUGCUGCCCAGGGAGGCGCGGAUCACCACCCUGGCCGGCACCAAGCCUUACAUGGCACCGGAGAUGUUCAACUCCAGAAGAGAAGCAGGCUAUUCCUUCGCUGUGGACUGGUGGUCACUGGGGGUGACGGCAUACGAACUUCUGCGAGGCCGGAGACCCUAUCACAUUCGCUCCAGUACUUCCAGCAAAGAAAUCGCUCACAUGUUUGAGACAGCUAUUGUGACCUACCCUUCUGCCUGGUCACAGGAAAUGGUGUCACUUCUUAAAAAGCUACUGGAACCCAAUCCAGACCAACGGUUUUCUCGCCUAUCAGAUGUUCAAAACUUCCCACACAUGAAUGACGUGAACUGGGAUGCAGUUCUGCAGAAAAGACUCAUUCCAGGUUUCAUCCCCAGUAAAGGCAGGCUGAACUGCGACCCCACUUUUGAACUUGAAGAAAUGAUUUUGGAGUCCAAACCUCUUCACAAGAAAAAAAAGCGGCUGGCCAAGAAGGAGAAGGAAAUGAGGAAAUGUGAUUCCUCUCAGACAUGCCUUCUUCAAGAUCACCUUGAAUCUGUGCAAAAGGAGUUCCUCAUUUUCAACAGAGAAAAAGUAAAAAGGGAUUUUAAUAAAAGACAAGCAAAUCUAACCUUGGACUCAUAAACCAAAGACUCACAAGAAGAGAACAGCCAGAAUAACAAUCUGUGAAAGUUGUCAGCAUCUUCUUCUUGGGACAUUUCCUGGCACCUUGGCCCGCAGGUUCUGACUUCCACAGCAGGACAGGCAGACUCCUCUCCGUGCACCUCACUCACCUUAGAAAUUGUGAGCACCUGUCUUUGGAAGGUGGCAGCAUGAUACAGAGAAGACUUUCCUGGGCUCCCGGAAAAUAGUCACAACACUAAUGAACCAACCUCGAGCUAGUCACUUAAUCACUUUCUCUGCUUCAGUUUCUUCUUCUAAAAUGAGAGGUUAUGCUAGGUGAGCUCUGCUCUGCCUUUUUAUUGCAAUCACUCUAUCCUAAACUGCAUUUAUUUUUUAUUGCAAAUGGAUAUUUGGAUGUAGAUUUAUUUUUCCACUCUGCUCGAUGCGCUAGUGGACAAAUAGACAUGGUUGAGGGACUGAGGGAGGUGUUUAGGGCGUGACAGAGGGCUGCUCUUCAGAGAUAGGGGACUUCAUAAAGAGGUCACAGCCCCCAAGCCCAAUUGUAUAGAACUAAGAAAUUUAGUCAAGAAGACAUGAAUUGGAGCAGAUUAAAGCAACACAGAUUCACCCAGGCCUUCCAGCGACAUACCACAUCAACUUGUCCCAGCUAGCAACAGCCUGCUGUGCACAUCUGCCCCAAUGCCCUGUGCAGUGAUGUGAGGUUGGGAAGUGGAAAUUUGUGACAAUGGGGCAUUUACACCAAAUGCCACAAAGCAGGGCUUUCCACCCCCCACACCCAGAAGCCAGUUGUUAAAUAUCUGUUAGCACACCACUUGUUUUCUUCUAACACUCAUGUUCCUUGAGAGCUAAUUGUCCUUUUAAGAUGAUUAGAGACCUGCAUGUGGAAUCAGGAAAGAUUUUUGUCACAUUGGAAGCAUAUCCACCUUGUUGUACAUUGAUGUGUCUCACACAGGAGUUACAGGCUAAGUUAGAGUGUGAGACAAACUUGAGUGAGAGUAAAACUUACCCUUGAAAAUUCCCUGCAAUUACCCAUAACAUCUGGUGGGCAUCUUGUCUUGGUGAAGCCCAGGACAGUGAGCCACCCAUGUCACCGAUGACACAAGUCACUGUUCUUGGUUCACUUUGAUUUUUUUUUUUUUGCUUUUAUUAUUGGCUGAUAUCAGAUGGAUUAAGUUGUUGGACAACUCACACAUGCUUUUAUAGAGCAGAAUUCACACAUCCAAGGGGUUGGAGUCAUGGAGCUCAGGGAACAGUGCUGCCUUGGCUCCCUGCCUUGUGCUUGCUUCAAGGAUGGCCAGGCAGAAUUGCCUAUUACUUAAAGUUUGAUGAAUGUCUCACCAUCUUCCUUUAUAUUUUAUUUAUUAGGAAAACACCAAGUUUAAUUCACCUAAGGGAGAGGUGUAUGUAAUACAUCUCCACUAUCCUGAGUAUCUUUGCAGGCAGAGGGACUAUUUGGGGACACCUAUGGGGACCACUGGGUAGAGAGUCAAGAAGUGAAUAGUCUUGGUGGUGGGCUGGUUUAACCCCUCAGAUCACCUAAACCUUGACCUUCUCUAUGGAGAGUGUGGGCCUCAGCAAGAUGGCAGAAAGCUGGGGAGCUUAGACUGGCCCAUCUGGGAAACCAGACAGUAAGGCAGAAGUAACAGAUGCAGCCACCUGCUGCACCAGACUUUGCCAGAGGACAUUUGCAGGAGGGCACCUCAGCAUGGGUAAAGGGCAUGUGGACUUUAAACUCUGCAUUCACAGCAGUCUCUGCACUAGGCUGAUAGGCCCAGAAUUUCUGGCAGACCUGUGGAAGUGUCUACUGACUCAGGAGCAAACAUACUUUUGUUAAAGAUUAAAGCCAGCUCCUUUGUUCUGUUUUUAUUCCUUUUCUCUACAUUUUCCACACAUUAUCUAUGCUAUUUUGUUGUUUCUCCAAACAUUAUAAAUUCUAAGUUUGCCGGACUCAAUUUCACAAAGAGGGAGAUGGGGUGACGAGAUGACCAGAAUCUGCUCCAGGGAGUCAGGGGCCACUUGGUGUUUGCCAACUUCCAUCUUUCACUUUGUCUUGAUUCAAGCCUUGAUGUGCUGUGCAUGCAGGAGGGAGCUAAUCAUUCAUGCCAUUUCACAUCUACAGUCUCUAAUGGAACAGGAACCCAAGGUAAUCCCUGUGGUUUGAAUCCCUAGUUUUUAUUUCCAGUGACUGUAUCCAUACCUGAAGCACCCCUGUGGGCAUUCAGGAGCUGCAGAUGGACCAGACAACAAAGCCUCAGAGAGGUGACAGGGCUUCCCCAACCUAUGCAGGUCACACACCUGGGGUGUGUGUUCAGUUAGGGAAAGAAAACAAGUUUUGUGUCUGUCAGUGGAGAACAACUGAUUAUAAACACCUCCCACCAUUGUAUAUUUUAAACAUUUGGACAAAUAAGUUUUCCAAAAACUAAAAGGAUGCCUAAAUACUUACCAUAAUUGCUACUCAUUGAAAACAGAUCAUUCCCCGCCCAUAACUUUGGCUUAAAGUUACUACCCUACCAUGUGGAACAUGUCUCAUCUAGAUUCAGACAAACGAGGCUCAGGGCUAAGAAUUUUAGAAAACGAGGUGACUGCUGCAUUUUCCUGUCUGGUGUUCCUGGAAUCCUUUCCUCUGAGCAGCUUUUUCCCUUAUCCAUGUGGAGCAUCAAAAAAGUCUGAGCAGGUUUUGAACACUAGAAGCCUCCUGGUUAUAACACUAGCACUGCAGCUGGCCACCCACCCUGCCACAUUCACAGUGCCCUCUAGUGGAUGGGCAGGGCAGUGGGGCCCGGUGACACUGGCCACAGCCCUAACUCUGGAAGAGAAUGCUCUGCUAAUGGCAAACACACCUGGAUAGAAGCACUGGUUUGAGCUGAGGCCACUGCUAUGGCAGGAAUAAAUGGCAAGCAGCCCAGAGCCUUGCUAAAUUAAGUUAAUUUAGUGGUUAGUCUUCUUAUGAUGGGAAAGUUUUAACCAGAAAUGACUAGACUUAGAUUGUCAUAGGUUGUCUAGAUUGAAAGGAUGAAUAAAUGAAUAACUAGAGAAUGAACAUGGCCAGCAGGGGCCAGUGUGGCCCUUGGGGCUGAUGCAGAAAUGCUAGGGCUUCAGUUCUUCCAAAGCUGAACAAAAAGGCAUGAAAAGCAUAGUGGGCUUGUUUCAGUGCCCAGUUGUCCUUGCAUUAUGUCUACACAAAGUCCUGUUUCCUACUCCGUUUGCCUGUAAUUACUGCUUCUUACAAGCUCAGCAUGUCUGACAGUAAAUAUUGAUGU